CGGGCGCGGCGGGCAGAUCCCACUCAGGUGCGGGGCCCGGGCGUCCAGCGCGGGCGUGGGGUUCCUGACGCCUGGCUGUGCGUGCCGUCCUUUGUCGCUCGCAUCUUGUCUGUCUGUCUUCACAGUGCACCCUCCGUCGCGGUCCUGGGUUGCACGCCGACUCUAGGUGCGAGCCGCCCCCCGACUACCAUGUCUGCAGCCUGGAUUCCCGUCCUCUGCCUCGGUGUCUGUCUGCUGCUGCCGGAGCCCGCGGGCAGCGAGGGAGCCGUUCCCAUCGCUAUCACGUGCUUUACCAGAGGCCUGGACAUCAGGAAGGAGAAAGCAGAUGUCCUCUGCCCAGGGGACUGCCCUCUUGAGGAAUUGUCUGUGUUUGGGAACAUCGUGUAUGCUUCUGUAUCGAGCAUAUGUGGCGCCGCCAUCCACAGAGGAGUAAUCGGCAACUCAGGGGGACCCGUGCGAAUCUAUAGCCUACCAGGUCGAGAAAACUAUUCCUCAGUCGUUGCCAAUGGCAUCCAGUCUCAGACGCUGUCCAGGUGGUCUGCUUCUUUCACAGUGACAAAAGGCAGAAGUGGUACCCAGGAAGCCACAGGACGAGCGGUGUCCACAGCACGUCCAGCAACAGAAAAACGACUAAAGAAAACACCUGAGAAGAAAGCUGGCAAUAAAGACUGCAAAGCAGACAUUGCGUUUCUGAUCGAUGGAAGUUUUAAUAUUGGGCAGCGCCGAUUUAAUCUACAGAAGAAUUUUGUUGGGAAAGUGGCUCUAAUGUUGGGAAUUGGAACAGAAGGACCACACGUGGGCCUAGUUCAAGCCAGUGAACAUCCAAAAAUAGAAUUUUACUUGAAAAACUUUACAUCAGCCAAAGAUGUUUUGUUUGCCAUAAAGGAAGUCGGUUUCAGAGGGGGUAACUCCAACACAGGAAAAGCCUUGAAGCACACCGCCCAGAAAUUUUUCACAGCAGACACUGGAGUGAGAAAAGGGAUCCCCAAAGUGGUGGUGGUAUUUAUUGAUGGCUGGCCUUCUGAUGAUAUCGAGGAAGCAGGCAUUGUGGCCAGAGAGUUUGGCGUCAAUGUAUUUAUAGUUUCCGUGGCAAAGCCUAUCCCUGAAGAACUGGGGAUGGUUCAGGAUGUUGCAUUUGUUGACAAGGCUGUCUGUCGGAAUAAUGGCUUCUUCUCUUACCACAUGCCCAACUGGUUUGGCACCACGAAAUAUGUAAAGCCUCUGGUGCAGAAGCUCUGCGCUCACGAGCAAAUGAUGUGCAGCAAGACCUGUUAUAACUCGGUGAACAUCGCCUUUCUAAUUGACGGCUCCAGCAGUGUUGGAGACAGCAAUUUCCGCCUCAUGCUUGAAUUUGUUUCCAACAUAGCCAAGACUUUUGAAAUUUCGGACAUUGGUGCCAAGAUAGCUGCUGUACAGUUCACCUAUGAUCAGCGCACAGAGUUCAGUUUCACUGACUAUAGCACCAAAGAGAAUGUCCUGGCCGUUAUCAGAAACAUCCGCUACAUGAGUGGCGGAACGGCUACUGGUGACGCCAUUUCCUUUACUGUUAGAAACGUGUUUGGUCCCAUGAGGGAUAGCCCCAACAAGAACUUCCUGGUGAUUGUCACAGACGGGCAGUCCUACGAUGACGUUCGAGGUCCUGCAGCUGCUGCACAUGAUGCAGGUAUCACCAUCUUCUCUGUUGGUGUGGCUUGGGCACCUCUGGAUGACCUGAAAGAUAUGGCCUCUAAACCAAAGGAGUCACAUGCUUUCUUCACAAGAGAGUUCACAGGAUUAGAACCAAUUGUUUCCGAUGUCAUUAGAGGAAUUUGUAGAGAUUUCUUAGAAUCCCAGCAAUAAUGGUCACAUUAUGACAAGUGAAAGAAAAACUGCAAGGGGAUAUAAUGUAUAAGUUAUAUUCUCGUAAUACUGAAAUACUAUAUAGCAUACCAGGAUCAGAUAUAAAACUGUUAAAGAUGCCAGCAACUAUUUUAAGCAAAUAAGCAUUCAUUUAAAGCUACUACCAUCUAAUUACAAUUUAGACCUAAUUGUUCAAAACACUCUGCUGAGGCUUCAUAAUCAUGAUCCUUAAAAACUCAGGAAAGAGGAAAUAUCGUGGAUUAAAAUCUUACGAGUUCUAACAUGAAUAUUAAAUGUAUAGAUAUUUAUGCAAAUUCCAUAGCUCAAUAAAAGAAUCUGAUACUUAGACCAAAAGGAACAUUCCUUCUCUAAUCAUUCUAUAUUAUAUAAGGAAAAUGAAAGAGAAACUUAAAUAGAAAGCAGCUCUUUAACUUAGUUCAAAUAUAAAUAUUUUGACCGAAGUAGAUGUUGUCUUAAAACCAAUCAGUAAUAGUUGUUACUUAAUAUACUAAAAAGUUAUAAUCAGUCACAGAAGAAAUGGAAGGGAAUUCGGUAUCAAGCUUUUGUAGUAUAUUUUCAUAGUAACUUAGAACUGAAAUACCACACUGAACAAGAUAGCAGGAUUGCCUGGUAUUUUUCUAUAUCAAUUUUAUAUGUGUGUAGAUAUAUUUGUCUUGUACUCUAAAAUAGUAAUCUAUGUACUGAAAAAAGGUUAAGGUGGUAAAUUUUCACUUAACACAAACAUUUAGCUUUAAAGAAAAGCACGUAUUUCAAAUAGCAGAACUGCAGGAAAAAAUAUUGUAGUUUGAGUAUUUAAGCAAUAAAACUGCUAACGACUAUUA